AUGGGAUGCGGGAGGCGAAGGUGGAGCCCAACGUCAGCUACAACGUUGGGAUCAGCGCGUGCGGGAAGGGCGGUCAGUGGCAGCGGGCUCUGGCGCUGCUCCGCGAGAUGUGGGAGACGAAGCUUGAGCCCGACGACAUCUCAAAUACGUUAUAAUGCUGGGAUCAGCGCGUGCGAGAAAGGCAAGCAGUGGCAGCGGGCUCUGGCGCUACUGAGUGAGAUGCGGGAGACGCAGCUCGAACCCGACGUCAUCUCUCCUACAUGCGUUGGGAUCAGCGCAUGCGAGAAGGGCGAGCAGUGGCAGCGGGCUCUAGCGCUGCUGAGCGAGAUGCGGGAGACGAAGCUGGAGCCCGACGUCUCAGCUACAACGCUGGGAUCAGCGCGUGCGAGAAGGGGCGAGCAAUGGCAGCAGGCCAUGGCGCUGCUCAGCGACAUAUGGAAGGCAAAGCUCGAGCCCAAUGUCAUGAGCUUCAACGCUGGGAUCAGCGCGUGCGGGAAGGGCGAGCAGUGGCGACGGGCUUUGGCGCUGCUGGGCGAGAUGCGGGAGGCGAAGCUGGAGCCCAACUCAGUUACAACGCUGGGGUCAGCGCGUGCGAGAAGGGCGAGCAGUGGCAGCGGGCUCUGGCGCUACUGA